CACACUUGGCCAAUACUAUGGUGCCGCCGUAAAAGGUGCGGCACAUUGGUGUACCGCUAUUUAUGAUUGGUCCACGCGUGCAAUGAGGUGGCAUUGGUUGAGUCAUUAUAAAGCCGAAGCCCAAACUUGUUGCCCAGAAUUUUGGCCCAACCGUCACCCCUUUUCCGUUAGACCAUUACACGUCUUGUUACUUUUCAGUCAGUUUGUAUUAUUUAUUUUUUUGGCAAAAUUCACUUCUAUAGCCAUAACUUUACACUUUGUGACAAAUAUAGCCAAAUUUUGAAAAAUACACAGAAAUAGCCACAAAUUUUAAACUACCUUGAGAAUUAUAGCCAUUUCCGUUAAAAAAAUGACGGAGUUAGAGAUGUUGUUAACGUCCGUCAACAACAAGCUGAGAUGGCGCCUCGUCAGCUUACACAUCCACUCUUAGUCGACGUGUCAUGCCAUGUCAAAUUAAAAAUUAAAAAUAUUGUUUAUUACAAAAAAAAAUUAAAAAGAUUAAAGAAAAUAAGAAAAAACAAACGGACUCAGUUGACCGAUUCCCCUUCUUUGUUUUCAAUUAAAGGAAAAAAUAAAAAACAAAAAUUGAUAAAAGAAAAUAGUGAGGAAGAAGUCUUGUUGGUACCCGACAUCAUCUUCUCCAACCAAUACACAUCGUAUUUUUACCCACAAACCCUAAUCUGCGAAUCAAUAUUUUGGCAAAGUAGCAGCGCCGACUAGAAACAAUUGUGCGGCGGCGAAGGCUACAAGGAAAAGCAGAAAACUGGAAAUCAAUUUUCUCCGACCUUUCUUCAUCGUCUUCGGGAGCAAGCUCGGUGGAAGCGGCCGCCGGUAUCUCCUUUGGAUGAAUCGAGCUUUAAAAAGGUGGUUUUGGGAUAUCGUACCUUCAAUUGGGGGUGGCUUCGGAUCGGUCUCCUCUACUCGUUCUAAUCGAGCAAGUAUAUUGCGGAUUUGGGGUUGGCUUUGGCUCGGUCGCCUCUGCUGUGGGUUGCUUUUGGAUUCCUUUGCUAGUGACGAUGAGGGAUGGUGGUCAAGCAUCGCUCGGACUGGGUUCCUUCUCAGAAUAUCCUUAUGGCUUUGAUUUUCUCUGUUCUAUACGAAGAACAAAGAUAAAAGGAAGGAUGAGGGCGGCAGCGGUAGGGAAGGCCAUAAGGCGGGGAACACGGCGGGAGCGGGAGGCGAGAGGUGGGGAGCUAGGUGUGGGUGGUGGUGAACUGAAUCGAUGGGAAGGUGAGCAGGUGGUGGGGUGAAAUCAACAUCUUGCUCCGUUCGUCGAUUGAGAGUGUGGCCGGUGGAGUUGGAGUGGAAUGAAGGUGGGUUUCUGGGAAUAGGAAAAGAGAAAAUGGGGAGGGCCGAUGUAGAAGAGGAACAGAAGUAAUAAUUUGGUAAAGUAAAUUUUUUUAAUAAAUAUAAUUAAAUUUU